GGCUAUUAAUGAAUAGAGGAAUAGUCGAAGCGGUCGAACGUCGAAGUCGAAUACGAAUUCGUCUGAUCGCCUGGCACUGUUGUAUUUCUUUGUAUUAGCUCAGCCUCAAAUAUUCCGCAGUACAGGCACACUGACAGUUGAGAGCAGGUAAUGCCCGCAGGAUAACGCCGAAAUUUGAAAGUUAAUAGUGAAAGGGAACAAGGUUGGUGCGCCCUGAAAUAUCCGUUGGUGCCGUGUUGCCCCGUCUGAUGUUGCGGAGGGAUGAGAAAUCUAUUUCGAGCACACGUCUUCCCAUUCCCAUAGUAAACAAUACGGCUUCGCCUAACUGAGCUUCGGCUUCUACUAAAGUGAACUGAUGCUGUAUGUUUGUAUGUGAAAAGGAUACUUCCAGUCAGCCAUUUAUCAACAACCAACAUUCCAAAGAUGCAGGAAAAUAGUUCACAACAAGAUCAGAUAGUUAUGACACCAGGGAAGAGGACAGCCAAUUCCACCAUCAUUAUGGUGGAAAGACGUCCUAUGGCUAUUAAAGAUGAGAAAGAAAAUGUCCAUGUUGCAGGUGGAGCUCAUAAGGGGAUAGUGAUUAAUAAAAAUUCUGUUGCAACUGAGGAUGAUCCAACUCCAGUACAACUAUCACUUGAGUUUUGUGUAUACUUGGUGAAUGCUGCCACAAACAUCCAUACCAAAGAGAGCAGGCAAUUGCGAUUUUGGUUCAAGGAGGCUGUCUCUGAAUGUGAGCAGCCAAAAGUGGCACAGGAAUUCUUUAAGAAACUUGUGGCCCCUUUCGAAUUUCCAAGAGACUAUGUAGGCUUCAUUAAGAAGAUUAUGAAGCUAAUGCAACAAGAUUACCCUACUCUUCGAAAAAUAGAAGUGGAGUUAAAGCAGCUUGGCCAAUCAAGUCAACCUCCACCAGAUACAGCCAAGCGGGGAACAAUACUUUUAUCAGUGGGAGUAAAGGGGAAGUCUUCCAUAGAGGUUAAAGGUAUGAUGGACCAGGAUGUGAGUUUAACUGAAAUUGAAGUCACAUCGACUCGUUUGUUGGAAAUGAUUGAAUCGGCGUACCCUAACCCUCUGUCCGUGUCCGAAAUGGCCAGGCAAACGCAGAGUGAAACACAGAAGGUAUCCUCACUGCUCGCAGAACUUCAAGCUAGUGGUUUGGUGAAAACUGUGAACGGAAACGAGUCUUUCACACGUGUUGUACGCAACGAGAAUAAAGUUAAAGUGGUCAAGCAAAUGCCCAAAAUCGUUAAGGCAAAGCAACCUACCAUCGCAAUUAUUACUUCCCAGUACUGUGAGAAACUUGCAGUAGACGCUAUGAUGGAUGAUCAAGAAACUUUUGUACGCUACACUACCGUUGGUGAAUCAAAUAUCUACACGUUAGGUAACAUCGGACAGCACAGAGUGGUUUGUACCAAACUUCCCACCGUUGGCCACACACGAGAAGCGUUGAUUGCCUCCGGAAGCACAACAACCCGGCUAUUAGGAACAUUUCAGGCAGUUGAAUUCGUGAUCUUGGUGGGAGUGGGGGGAGGAGUUCCCCAUUACACGGAUCAUGCACGCCACGUUCGUCUAGGUGAUGUGGUUGUUUCUUCGCCCAUCCCUCCCAAAAAAGAUAUAUAUACAUACUGUGAACUAGAGCCGGUAAAGGAAGGACAAACACAAAUGAAUCCAGUAUAUGAGACGAAAUCCUGGGCCCCGCCAACUUUCCUCCUCCAAGAAAUAAGUGCCCGUUUGAAAGCCCAGGUUGAAGACGAUCCGACCCAGGCAGUUUGGGAUAAAUACAUCACAGAAGGAAUAAGUAAACUGUCUAAGGAUGGCGUCAACUUUUCCCGUCCCCCGGAAGAUACUGAUAAAUUAUAUAUGUCUCUUGGAGGCUCUGACGUGAUUGAGGUGACGCACCCGACAGGUUCUUCUGAAAAUGGGCGCCAACCAGGAAAGCCAGUCAUUCACCUUGGACCAAUAGCUGCUGGUCGUCAAGUGAGCAAAGACGAUCAGCUCCGACAAGAUUUUGCAGCCCGUUUUGGGAUCUUAGCGUUCGAUAUGGAAUAUGAUGCGGUCAUUGAAAGUGUCUAUGGUAACCGAAAAGAUUCUUAUUUGAUAGUCCGUGGAAUAGCUGACUACAAGGAUGGUUCAAGGAAAAAAGAUUGGCAACCGUAUGCCUCACUGGCAGCGGCGGCAUUCACAAAAGCCGUCAUCUGCUCAAUGAACCUUUCUAAUGAUGACUAGCGUCAAAGUUUGCUCCAGGUGGUGUAAAACAAAAGCGCUCUUCAUUCGGUCCAAAUUCUCUCCAGAACUUGCAUCUCUUCAAAUCACUGGAUCUGUUCGUUUGUUAAGAUCUGACAUUCAUCCUAUUUUAAAUCUUUUGAUCGACUCACCUAUCAGCUGCAUUUUCCUCUUUUGCUAUUCCCAAUUGCGUCCUAGUCCCAACAGCUAUAUUAGAGUAUUAGAUCGAAUAUAAUAUAUUGUAUUUCUGCAGCUAAUUAUUUUAGCUUUAGCUAUGACUUGGCUUCAACCAAAGUUUUGCAUCUUUUGAAUAAAAGAUAAGGUAACUAGGAGAUAAAAACUAAUCGUCGAUUUUAUUUAUUGCAUCGCGUGUGGGUGUACACAGAACAGUUAAUAUUUCGUUUCCUUUUCGUGAAACAUAGCCCUUUUAUUUAACUUUCACUGAUAAUUUCUUCUAAUGUUGUACUUGUCGGAGACAUUCAAAACACUGACAGCUAAAAAACAAAUUCAACUUUUUUACUUGUAAGCAUAAUCUAAACGAUUAAAGUUGUAGCAGUUAGUUGAAAUUAUGGUGCAGCCAUUAUACACGGCAAAAAAUUGUAUUCCCUUUCAAGAACAGUUACAAUAAAUAUUCUUUUCAACAUAAAA